AUAUAAUCUUUCAAAUAUGAACAUUUUCCGACCAAUAAAAACGCUGAAAAACUUUUUCGAACUGAGCUCUAAGAGAUUGCUGUGUGUGCGAGCUGAAAAUGCUCAGAAAUUGGAAGAAACGAUAUGGGACGUUGUAAUAUCCGGUGGCGGUAUGGUUGGAUGUUCUAUGGCUUGUUCCUUGGGAUCAUCUGAAAUUUUAUCAGAGAAAAAAAUCCUCUUAUUAGAAACAAGUGAAAAGACUCAAUACAAUAUAGAUCCUAGCAAAUAUUCCAACAGAGUAUGUGCUUUAAACCCAAACACAAGAAAUUUAUUCAGUGGAUUUCAUGCGUGGGACAAAAUCUGCAAUACUAGAAUGAAGGAAGUUAGGAAACUCAUGGUAUGGGAAUCUUGUUCAGAUGCCCGCAUUUCUUUCGAGCAUGCCGGAAUGAUGGACAACGUGGCUUACAUAGUUGAAAAUGAUGUUAUUCUUAAAGCGUUGUAUGAAAGAUUAGACGAGUUGACUGCCAGAGUCGAGGUCAUCAAAGGAUCGAAAGCCGUCGAUUACGUCUUUCCGACCGAAGACACCGAUUUGGUGAACAUUCAAACAGACAAAGGUUUAACUCUUAAAACUAGACUUUUGAUAGGAGCUGAUGGUAUCCAUUCACUUGUAAGGAAAAAGAUGAAAGUGAAAUACGUCAGUUGGAAUUAUGAUCAAAAGGGAAUAGUUGCAACACUUAAGCUAUCUGAACCCACAGAAAACAUUGUUGCAUGGCAGCGGUUCUUGCCCACUGGACCAAUUGCAUUGCUACCACUCACUGAUGAUUUGUGUUCCCUUGUGUGGACUGUUUCAUUACCUAUGUGUGAUAAACUCCUAAAUAUGUCAGAAGAGGAAUUUGUCGAUGCCUUAAACUCAGCUUUAUGGGAUGAAAGCAGCAAAAAUCCUUUGGUUGAAUCAGCUUUGUCUACUGUGAAAAAUGUCUUGUCGACUAUAACUCCAAGUGCAGAAAGUGUUCGGCAACUCCCUCCCAGCAUCCUGUCUGUUGAACCAAAAAGCAGGGGGGCUUUCCCCCUGGGAUUGGGACACUCAACUGAAUAUGUUGCGCAAGGAGUGGCAUUAGUAGGGGAUUCCGCUCAUCGAGUGCAUCCUCUGGCUGGCCAGGGUGUCAAUUUGGGAUUUGGUGAUGUCCAGUGCCUCACUGAAUGCCUGGAAACUGCUGUUUACAACGGAAAUGGGAUAGGUCACUUGAACAGUUUGCUUGACUACGAGGUGAAAAGGCAGAGACAUGUAGUACCUGCAAUGUUUGCCAUCGAUUCUUUGAAUCGACUCUACAAGACAGAGUUCACGCCUUUCGUCUUGAUGCGAGGGCUUGGACUAACGGUUUUGGAUGCCCUCAGUCCAAUCAAAGAGAAAAUUAUUCAUCAAGCCUCAGCAUGAAUCUUCCAUUAAUUUCAAGUAGUAUAUGUCUAGAAAGCAAGAUGGAAUUUGAAAAUGCUGUGUUGAAUUGCUCUUAGGGAAAAAAAAAAAAAAAAAAUCAACACAUGCCUUUCAUAAUCAUGCUAUGUAUAUAUAAUUUAUUAUUUUAAAUGAUUGCAUAUAAAUAAACAAUGAAAAAUAUAUUGUUUUUUGUCUUCAAAAACAUUAAUAUGAGCAAAUGUUAAAGAUGACUUAUAUAUUAAAUGAAGGGGGAAAAAAUCUAUGCGUAAUGUGCAUAACUUCACCGGUGUUGAACGUUUAAUGUAUUUUUAGUAACUCAGAAGAACUGAUGAGUGUACUCGUAUUUAUUCUUGGUAUUAUUACUCAGUAUUAUGCUGCCGUGCAUAGCACAAAGGUCGUACUUGCAGCCAAACUCAAAAUGAGAAACUUUUUUAAAGUAUUAUAUCCCAAUAUAUUUGAUUUAUAGUCCACUUUUUCAGAGUUCAAAAAAAUAUAUUUCUCAUUUACAAAUGACCAUAAAACACCAUAUACAACUAAAAUAUGUUACUAAGAGCCACCUAGUGACAAAAACGCAAUUUUGAAAAAAAGUGCAAAUACGACUUUAGUGCUUAACAAGACAGUAUAUUAUUAUAUUAUUUGGUGCAAUACUUCUUAAACUCAUAUUUUUUGACAAUAUAUGUUAAAUAUCGAGUUAGGCAUUUUAAAUUUAAAGAACUUGAUGUUUUUAUUUUUGUCAGAGUAUUCAGACUUAGAAGAGAAAUGUUGUGUAUUGUUUUGUAAGAAAUUAUAUUCGAAAUAGCUACAAUUAGAAAAAAAAAUCUGCGAGUACAGCACUAAGUUUGUACAACUUUUCAAUAAUAAUUUUUUUUAAUAAUUUCAAAUUAAAUUGAAAAAAAAAAAAUAAGUAAUAAUAUCUUUAUAGUAUUUUUUUCAGCAAAAAAAAAAA